CAGCAACCCAAAAUGAACCAAAGGUCUCGGAAGCUCUUGUCAUGAUUGAAACAGGGAAUAGGACAAUUCUUGAACAAUUAGUUAUUCCUUUGAUGGGAUCGAUAUUACCCCUUCUCCAUAGUCUGGAGACACCAAUGGCUUUACAUAUGUACACCUUGCAUACAACCCUAUAAACCUUUCAGGUCAUUCAAUUUCUCCGAAACUGCCUCUGGCAUGAGUUAUCCUUCAAAGGACGAAGGAAAAUGUGGAAAACCAUCGAAAUGCAGGAAAAGACUGACACUAACCGGGGAUUUUAUGACCAGUGUGCCCGGAAACAAGCAUCAGGGGUGGACUCUAAACAGUUCACCACAAAGGAAUGUCGGGGCGGGCAAUGGUGUCGAGGAGGAAAGAAGACUCGUUUUAGAAUACGUGGCAGCAAAGCCCGGAAGAGUAUCCGAUACCGACUCCGGUAUCGCUUCGCCGCUCUCUCCAGGCUCCGUUUACGGUAUUUUCGGCUGCGACAAAAAUUUCCAGGAAAAGAAGGAUCGAGGGGAGAGGGUGGUCGACAAGUGCCUGUGCUGUGCCGAUGUCGUUGUUGGAGGGGUUCAGGUGAGUGGGCUUAUCUUAGUUACCGACCCUCGAUAG